GCCAGGGUAUCUCUCUGCGACAAAGCCUCCGCCGAACAAAUUCAUGAAACCGAGUCAUAAUCCAAAGGACCCCGACGAGCCGGAAACACCUUCAAAUAAUCUAUGGGUCGGAAAUUUAUCCAGCGAGGUGACGGACUCAGAUUUGAUGUCUUUAUUCGAAAAUCACGGCGCGUUGGACGGCAUUGCCUCUUACACGGCGCGGAGCUUUGCAUUCGUGUACUUCCGUCGAAUCGAGGAUGCAAAAUCGGCCAAGGAAGCUUUGCAAGGGGUGGUUCUGAAAGGGCAUGCGAUUAAGAUCGAUUUUGCCAAACCGCCGGGUAAAUGGACGGGAUUCACGAUGCUCCCUUUUCUCCUUCCAUACUAUUCACCAUUCAUGGGAGGGGUUCAAAUAGUUGCAUAA